UUAGAAAAUAGUUUAUUUCAAGCUGUAACAUAUGUACAACGGAUUCAAGCUAACAUGACUAAUAUGAAUUCGAUUGCUUUAACUGAACCACAUGAAUCGCUACAUUUUCUGUUGACCCAAGCUUUAUCACAUAAGAAAACAAUGAAAGAAAAAAUGAUUAUAGAUGUAUUAAACAAAUUAACAACUGAUAUUGAACAAUUAAGUAGAAAAAACUCAUUCGUUAAUUUAUAUCCGUUUAUUGAAAGGUUCGUCUUUCCGAUUAUUAACACAAAUGUAACAUUAACUACUAUGCUCUAUUCAACUUGUGGAGCAUAUGGAAAUUCGUGUGAAUUUCUAAACGAUCAUAAAAUGUUAACCAUACAAGCCAAUGAUGUUCGUCACACCAAACAAUUAAUGGAACAAAUCCUUCUGUCUAGUGAUAUCAAAAGAAAAUGUCCGUAUUGUAAAGAUGAUACGACACCAAGGACAUUUCAUAACGCCAUUUUAAUUUGCCCAAAGGUCAUUUUUGUUUUUAAAACUCAAAACAGUGAUAUUGAUAAAAAUUUAUCGUAUUUGGAACACAUUAACUUCAAUACAUAUUUAGGUCAAAAUUUAGUAUGUGUCAAGUGUUAUUCAAUAUACCGAUUAGUUUCGACUGUGUAUGAAAAAGAACCCAAUGAAUACGGAGCUAUUGCUUAUUGUAAAGAUUUAAAAUAUCAUGGUACGUCAGCAAAUAAAACAUUUAUAGUCAGUAAGAAAAAUAAAGUCAGGUGUUUACAAACGUCCUCUUUAUUGAUAUAUCAAAAAGUUAUUGUACUUGGCGUGGAUUUUUUGAAUGCAGUCGUAGCAGCUAUUGAUCGCCGUAAUCUAUUAUCCACAGACAUUACAACGCGCGAUAUUUACUCAUUUGGAGAGUUUGUGGACGCAGUUAAAAUAAUAUUAUCCGAACUAGCAAAAUCGUUUCUGUUCAAGGUACGUGCAUAUCAUUUAUGCUCAUUUGACUUCAAUAUAGAUCCGACAGAUAUCAAGCUCAAUCUUUCAGAUUUAGGAUUGUUAUCACCAUAG